AUGUACCAUGCCAACACAGAACCUCCAAAAUUGAGCAGGGAGGAGCAGCGAGGGAGGGGAGCCCUCCUGCAAGACAUCUGUAAAGGGGCCAAGUUGAAAAAGGUGACCCAGAUCAAUGACCGGAGUGCACCUGUUAUUGAAAAAUCCAAGGGCAGUGGCAGCUACAGCUCUGGUGCAUCUCCCCUGCAACCAAAGGGAGGCCUCUUCCAAGGUGGUGUCCCCAAGCUUCGACCUGUGGGUGUAAAAGACAGUUCAGUUUCAGACAGCCCAUCUGGAAAACAGUCACUCCAGGUUCCUGGGUCUAGAGCCGCUGCACCACGGCCUCCAGUUUCUGCCUCUAGCAGCCGACCCCAAGAUGACGCUGAUAAUAGCCAGGCUUCUCCGCCAGAGCUUCCCCGCUUGCAGAGACCUUCCUUGCCAGACCUCUCACGGCCAAACAGUGCCAGCAGUACUGGCAUGAAACACAGCUCAUCUGCCCCACCGCCUCCCCCACCAGGACGUAGAGCCAAUGCACCCCCUGCUCCCCCUUCCAUUCACAACAACAAAGCACUUUCCUACAACCGUGAGAAGCCAUUGCCACCAACUCCUGGACAGCGACUCCCAGGCAGUCGGGAUGGGCCACCAGCUCCUCCCAUCAAGCCUCCGCCUUCUCCUGUGAACAUUCGAAUGGGGCCAACAAGUCAAGGCCAGUCCUUGGCACCCCCUCCUCCACCUUACCGGCAGCCGCCUGGUGUCCCCAAUGGCCCUGCCAGCCCCACCAAUGAAUCUGCCCCUGAGCUUCCACAGAGACAUAAUUCCUUGCAUAGAAAGACGCCUGGGCGGGGCAUGGCUCCUCCCCCACCCCCAUCAGCCUCCCCUUCUUUACAAAGCAAUCGCCCCCCACCUCCUGCCCGUGAUCCUCCAAGCCGGAGUGCAGCCCCUCCACCACCCAUGAUCCGAAAUGGUGGUAGAGAUGCACCUCCCCCUCCCCCACCCUAUAGAAUGCAUGGGUCUUCGGAUCCCACGAGCCGCGGGAAACCGCCCCCACCACCUACCAGAACGCCUGUUGGACCACCACCUCCUCCCCCACCAAUGAGAAAUGGACAUCGGGAUUCCAUCUCCACAGUCAGAUCAUUCUUGGAUGAUUUUGAGUCCAAAUACUCUUUCCAUCCAGUUGAAGACUUCCCAGCUCCCGAGGAGUUCAAGCACUUCCAGAGAAUUUAUCCCAGUAAAACUAACAGAGCUACUCGUGGGGCCCCACCUCUACCUCCGAUCCCCAGGUGAAAAACAGCAGUGGACCAUCAUUGCACAGCACCAAAACAAAUGGACCUGUGUUCUUUUUAUAUGUUUGUCUCCCUUCUCAUCCCUGAGAAACCUGCAUGAGAAACACAUUUUUGCUGUUGGUUUUAUCCCUUCUCCUCAUCCUUCCAACUGUUGUGAGAACCUGGAUGAAUUCGCCAUUACUCACUUCCAUCUACGCGUUUCAUUCCUGGGCUCGAAAGGACCUGUUGGUACAGCUGGGUGAGAACCUUCGUCUGCAGAUUUGUGCUGGUUUCUCGCUUUCCUUAUCAAUCCUGUCAUGGAGGGAGAGCUCCCGGUUCAUACAUUGCUGCUGUCCGUGAACAAAGGCACAAUGACUGUUCCCCAACAAAGCAAGUGAAACAGGACAGUUUUUGAACUGUGGACCUAGUUGAAAUACCUGUUUCUAGAUCCUUGCCCUAGUGUAUGGGAUGGAAAUGGCCAUACUUUGGGGAGAUGGGGGAAUUCUGAUUUUUUGUUUUUAAAGAGGUGCAACAUUUAAAAGUACUGAAUUAGCUAUUCUACUUUCAAAUGCAAACACUACAUAUUAACAAACUGUGUAACUUAAAGAGGGGAGGGAAGAAAAUGAAAACAACCCUUGGAGUACAUUCUAAAUGGGAAAUGUUGACACUACAUAAAUGUGCCAGUAUCUAUGGCUGUUAUAAGAAAAAUUCAGGGUACAGAGCAGUUGCUCUCUUUAUAUUGUGGUCCAGAGUCAUCACCUUCUCCAUGUAUGGCGGCUGCUCUGAAUAGCUGCUGGCUUCCCAGGCGAAGCUGCUAUGACUUUUAAAGAUGCUGCUCUUCUACAGUGUAAAAGAAACAGGCACCACUUAUGAACAGACCUUUACAUCUGGGGGCCACCACUGCCAUGUGUUGUGUUAAUAAGCAGUACAGUGGUAGGGAAGGUUGGGGCAAUAGCAGUCAUGAAGCACAAUGAACUGUGCAAGAACAGGCAAAGACAAAUUUGACAAACUGGCUGGAUUAGCAGUGCAGUUUAUUGGAAGAAUGAUGAGAGUAGAUACUGUAGCAAUGGAAGACUGUGAUUUAGGCCCCUUGUUUUGACCAUGUCUGCGUUUUGUCAGGAGAUCAUUCCUUCCUCCUCUCAAGACAAAGGCACGUUCCCCUCUUACCUCCCUUGUGCAAUCAAUAUUUUUGAAUUUGACCUGUUUUAAGUAUUCAUCCUUCCAGCAGCAGGCAUGGACGGCUUACCCUUAUGCUGAUGGGUGAUGGGCACUGACUGCCUCUCCACCUCAAGGAGGACAUCAAAUUGGGAAGCAUCCAGUUCUGCUUUUGAGUACUAGACUAUACCUGACAGGAUAUCACUCCUAAUAAGUGUGUUUAAUGUAAUACAAAAAUUAAAAUGCUUAAUUGAUAAAUCAUCUAUUCUAAUUGAAGGUUGAUCACUACUAGUUGCAAAGUUACUUUGAGGGUUGGGGACCUGAGACCUUGCUGCAUGUUUUGAUGCAUCCAUUGUGUGCCAUUGACAUUGUUCUCCGUGAUUCUUGCAUAUGACAAGCAGGGUUUCCAUCUUUAUAUGUGACUGUUGGGAUGCAUUGUUUUGUAUCCCGUACAACGUGUCAACCUGGUCUCCUGCUUGUGAUAUGGAAAACUUGAUUUGCCACCAAGAGCGUACUUUAUACUUGCUUUGUGUCUGAGGUCAGAGCAGAGGCAUUCCUCCUUGUGUUUCUCCAUUGCCAGGGAAAGCAGUGCUCCAGUUUUGGGUUACACAUGUGCUUUUCAGUGUAGCAGCUGAAAUAGGAAUGCAUGCUCCUCUGUCUCUGUCAAUGCACAGCAAAGCCUGCUGGGAAAUCACAUCUAGACUGUUGACCCACAGUAUAAAGUGCCCCAUUUUGGGAUGAACAUUGCUGAUCUGGUCCAGAGCUGAAGCAGAUUUCCUUCACUCUUCUUCUUCCCUGCUCUCAUUUAUAUGUUGUAUAGAUGGUUGUAACAUCAAGCCUGGCUAACUAGUUGGUUGAUUUUUGCCUUACACAGUACUUCCGUCAUGUGGUUGGUACCAGAUUUAUUAUAAUUGUGCAUAUUUACUCUUAAGUUACUUGGGGUGGGAAAAUACGUGUUAUAAUAAAUAUUGAUCUAUUUUCUA